AUGAGACGAAUGAAACCAAUACGACCAGGAAAGUUCCAAAAUCAACAGCCAAAAUCUUAUCAGUUUCAAUUUAAUGUUGCUGAAUCAAAUGAAACUGACAAUACAACAACAACAACUGCUGUUGAAGUAGUACCAUUGAGUGAGGAGUCACAACAGCAGAGUUUAACUUCCGAUCAGUUACAGGCUUUGUUCCGCCAAGCAAGUUCUGAAUUGGUAGCAGAAACAACAGAUGAACAGGACUUCUUCAAGCGUGAAGCAACAAUUAAAGCACCUAAAACAUCAAAAGUAAUACAAACACCAUUUCCAGCUCCUUUAUUAGAACGUAAAGAAGACUUCGAAUUAGAUAUUGAACAAUUGAAACAAUUAGCUAAACAAGAUGCAGGUCCACUCAUCAUCGAAAGAUAUUCUCCUAGUGAAGAACUAAUUGGUUACGUACUUCCAGCAGCAACGUUAACAUUUAAUCAACCAAUGAUUCCUGUAUCCUCAUUGGAUGAAAAUACAAAUGUCGAAGAACUUGGAAUAUCGUUAACACCGAAAAUAGAAGGUAGAUGGAGAUGGACAGGAACAAAAACACUUCAAUUCGAGGCAAAACAUCGUUUUCCAUAUUCGACAAAAUUUACACUAAAAGUUGACAAAGAACGUUGUGUAUCAGCCCUAGGAAGAAAGUUAGCCGAAGCAUUUGCUUUUCAAUUUUCAACAGAUACAGCAAAAGUGACUAAUUUUUCACCUCAUGGAAUGGUUCCAACAUUAAAACCGAAAUGUUUUCUAUUAUUUAAUCAAAAAAUUGAUACGAGUGAAAUUUUGAAGCAUGUACGCGUCGCAAGCAGUAGUGGAAACGAGAUUCAAAAUCAAGAAUUAGAAAUCUUAGAUGAAGCAACAGCAAAGAGUGAAUUUGAAUCAAACAUAGAAGCUGAUGAAGGAAAUCACGAGAAAUAUGUUGCUUUUACGUUUAAAAAUGAUUUAUCGAAAGCAACAGAAUAUACUGUUCAACUACCUAUAGGCUGUCCAUCAGCUGAAGGUCCAUUAAAGACAACAUCCGAGUGGUCAACUAGCUUUUCCACUUACGAACCAUUGAAAAUAAUCGAUUGGUGUCCUAGUGAAAAACAUUCAUGGCAACAAUCUGCUGCUCCCGGUCAAAGUUGGUCGGUCACAUUCAAUAAUUCAUUAGAUCACUCGACAGUCAACAAAUCAUUAUUCAAAAUUGAACCAGAAGUCAAUGGUUUAGGUAUCGAGCAUAUGGAAUACAAUGACCGACAAGUUACGAUACAUAAUGAUUCAAAACCAAACACCGUUUACACACUGGUCAUAGAGGCAGAAUCAUUAAAAGACAUUCAUGGCCAGACAUUGGAGCACGAUUUCUCUGCUAAACCAAUUCAAUUUAAAGUGCAUGAUCCACCACCAUUAAUGGGAGAUAUAUCGGGUGCUACAGGUAUGGUUACGAUGGAUCCUGGUGUAUUAGAUGAACCGUUUUAUCCAUUUAUGGUUUAUAAUUUUUCCGAAUUAACAGUUCGUAUUAAUCGGGUAAAACCAGAACACUAUGAUCAAAUGUUACCAUGCUUUAAUUCAUAUGCAUAUACCAUGGAAGAUCAACCGUGGUACAAUAAACUACCUGGCGAAGAGUUAUUAAAUGAAGUAAUGCAAACAAAUUGUGAGCGUGAUGAACCGAAAGAAAUAAGAAUUCCGUUGAAGCAAUAUCUAAAUCAAAACUCAGGAACAGGACAAUUAAUUCUAUUAAUUGAACCAACAAAAAAAGCAUGGAGCGAAUGUCAAAAUCAUGAUUGGCAAUAUCGACAAGUAAAGUCAGCUUGGAUACAAUGUACACGGCUAGCGGUUGACCUAUUUGUUUCUACAGGUAACAAUGACGCAUUGACUGCAUGGGUUACUGAAUUAAUGACCGGUGCACCUGUUCCUCAAGCCACUGUCAUUGUACCAAAUAAAAAGAGAGAAACCAAUCAACAAGGUUUAUGUACUAUUGAAAAAUACGUGACAGGAAACGAUCAAACAAAUAAAAUAUUAGUUGUAGAAAAAGGUGAUGAUCUGUGUAUGUCAGUAAAUGUUCAUGCUUAUCCAUCAUACAUGGACGUUUAUGUUUGGCAUGUGUUCAAUGAUCGAGGUUUAUACAAACCGAAAGAGGAUGUGCAUAUAAAAGGUUAUGUUCGAUUAUUGGAAGUGAAAGGUGAAGCAAGAUUACCAACUUAUGUUCAAGGUACCAUUGAUUAUACGGUACAUGAUCCUCGUGGUGAGCAACUUCUCCAGUCAAAAGUCAAGUUGAAUACUUAUGGUGCAUUUGAUAUUCAAUUUACAUUGCCUGACAAUGUCAAUCUAGGCAAUGCAUACGUAGCAUUCAACUUACCAGAUUCAGUAAAUAGUUACACACAUCAAUUCAAAAUUCAAGAGUUCAGAAGACCAGAAUAUGAAGUUUCAUCAACGAUUCAAUCAGCAACAACCUAUUAUUGUCAUCCAACCACGGAUCAACAUGUCAUCGUUACUUGUCAAGGAAAAUUGUUCUCAGGUGGUUAUCUAAACGAUGCAAAUGUCCGAUGGACAGUACGAGCUGAAACUACCAAAUUUAAACCAGCUAAUCGAUCUGAAUAUACAUUUGGUAGAGCUGAGCCGAUGUUUUUCUGGUUUCGUCAUAAUGAUGAAAACAAAAUAUCAUAUCCUGCAAAACAUAUUCAGGGUACAACAAACGAUAAAGGUAUGCAUGAAAUCAAAAUUAGUUAUCACGGCAUUGAAGAAGAACCAAGACCAACGGUUGUGUCUGCAUUGGCAGCUAUUACUGAUAUAAAUCACCAAAUACAAGAAACACAAACACAAUUUAUCGUACACCCAUGUACUUACUAUGUUGGAUUUCAAAUGUCAACAUACUUCGGCAAGAAAGAUAAACCUGUACCAAUAAAAGUCAUUGUAACCGAUGUUGAUGGAAAUUUAAUUGAUAAUAUUGUUGUUGAAUGCAAAAUAGUUGGAAAUGGUAAAGAAAGAAAAGAAGAUGAAAAUGGUUUGACCAUCUAUGAAAAUGUCAAAGAUGAACAAGUCAUAACGGCUGUUAGUUCAAGUAAAGAUGCCAUCAACAUUGAAUUUACACCAAAAUUAGGUGGUGAGUACAAUAUUUCAUUUACGGUCAAGGAUGAGCAAGGACGAUCAGCUAUGAGUUUCUACGACGGUCUUUACGUCUGCGGUGGUUUCGGAAAAGAAAUGGAACAACAAAAGGUGGAUUAUGUUCCAAUAGAAGAAGUCAAAAUCGUACCAAAUGCAACGAAUUAUCAAUCAAACGACGCAUGUGAACUACUCAUAUUAGCUCCGUUCAGUCCAGCAAAUGGUCUACUUGUAUUUGACUGUGAUGGUCAAGUUUCGCAACCGAUUCCAUUUCAGAUCGAAUCGGGACAAAGUUCGACGACUGUUGAAUUUAAAAUUUCAAAAGACUGGGUCCCAAGCUUCACCGUACAUGCCGAAUUAGUAGGCACAGCUCCACGACAAACUGAAGUAACUGAUUCACAGAAUCGUCCAGCAAUUGCUACUGGUUCACAAUUAAUCGAAAUAUCCAGAGAUGUUUAUAAACUAGACGUUUUAGUUAAUACAAAGGAAACAAAUAAAGUGUUUACACCAUCAUCAAUCAUCCAUAUCGAUGUGAACGUUACACAAUAUGUUGGCAAAGCACCUUUAGACAAAGUUGAAGUUUGCUUGGUUGUUGUUGAUGAAGCAAUUUUAUCAUUAACUGAUCACAAAUUGGCUAAUCCAUUAGAUUUAUUUUAUCCUAACCGAUUAGCAAGUAUCCAGCAAUUUCAUGAUAGAGAUCGUUGUUUGGAAAAAAUAGCUGUUCGAUCGAACUUCAAUCCAUUAGCGUGCUGGAUGCCAUCAUUAAUCACUGAUCCAUCAGGACAUGUUUCAUGUGAAAUUAAAUUACCUGAUAAUCUAACACGCUAUCGCGUAUGGGCACUGGCAGCCAAUGAUAAACAAUAUGGUUUGGGUGAAAUGUCACUUACUGUACAAUUACCAGUUAUGGUUCGACCUUCACCACCAAGAUUUCUUAACUAUGGUGAUACAGCUCAUUUCUCAGUUAUUCUACAAAAUCAAACUGAUUCAUCAUUACAAUUACAUGCUGGUCUACGCGCUAGUAAUGCUAAACUGUUCGCAUCCCAAGAAAAUCAACAAAUGGCUGGUUACUCUGUUGCUCUACAGCCAAAUAAACGAGUUGCUCUCACAUUCCCAUUGUCAACAGUACGUUCUGGUACGGCUCGAUUCCAGUUCAUAACUAGUACUGUCAAGAGUGAAACAUCUCCAUCAUUUGGUGAUGCCAUUGAAUUCAGUGUACCUGUAUUCACACCAGCAACAUCGGAAGCAUUUGCAACAUACGGUGAUGUGUCCGAUGAAGAAGUUGUUCUACAGCCGAUAAAAGCACCAGAAAAUGUUAUUCCACAAUUUGGCGAGUUAUCAGUAUCAACAAGUUCUACAGCAUUAGCAUCAUUAACCGAUGCAAUCAUUGCGCUCUAUACAUAUCCAUACGAGUGUUCAGAACAAUUAAGUUCAAGAUUACUUGGUGUACAAUCACUAUGGGACGUUUUACAAGCAUUUCAAAGUAAAGAUUUACCCGAAGUAUCCGAAGUGAAAUCUAAGCUGGAAUCCGACAUGAAGAAACUUAAAGGCCGUCAAUAUUCAAAUGGGGGCUUUGGUUACUGGACAAAUCGAAGCGAUUCAGAUGCCGAUCCUUUUAUGAGUGUGCAUGUUGCACAUUGCUUGGUUGUUAUUGAUCAGAAAAAGGUCAACGAAACAAGUGAAACAGCUAAUUUUACUACGUCGUAUGGUGAUGAUGGUCAAUCGGUCAUGUUACAUUCGGAUCGUCGAACAGAUGCUAUAUUAUUAGAAUCAUUAUUGCAUAUUGAUCAAAACUCAACUCUAUGCACUAAAUUGUGUAAGAGCUUACAAGCACAUAAAGUGAAGGGUGCAUGGAAAUCUACACAGGAAAACUGCUUCGUAUUGAUUGCAUUGGAUAAAUAUUUUCAUAUCAAAGAAAAAGAUACACCGGAUUUCGUUGCAAACAUUUGGCUUGACAACGAUUACUGUGGUCAACAUCAAUAUAAAGGUGAGGUUAUAUAA